ACACACAACACACAUCAUCACUACCCCACUUUUCUCUCUCUCUCUCUCCUCUUCUAAUUUCUCUCUAUCACUCUCCUUUCUUCUUCACUUUCCCACUUCACUUGUUCAUUAGCAAGAAUAGGUAGCUAAUAGCUAGCUAGCUACUAGCUAAGCAACUAUGGAGUUUUCUCAACAAAUUUCUUAUGUUCAGUCUCCAACUUGUAGCGCUGAGGAAGAUGAGGACAUGGCGGCUAACUGUCUGAUUCUUCUGGCGCAAGGUGGGUGUCGCGUGAAGCAAGUGGCGGCGGCGGGGAAAAUCAGCAGCCGGAAAUUCUCUGAAAUGGCCGGCGGCGCCGGCGUGUAUGAGUGCAAGACUUGUAACCGGAGUUUCCCGUCGUUUCAAGCUCUGGGGGGCCACCGCGCGAGCCACAAGAAGCCUAAGCUUAUGGAUCAUCACGAGCAGCACCAUUACGAUCACUAUCACUAUGAAUUAAAGAAACAAAGUCCCCCGCCGCCCUCUGCGGCGCAGAGCAGCGGCGGGUCUAGCAAGCUGGCGAAGAUUCACGAGUGUUCGAUUUGCCGCGCGGAGUUCUCCUCCGGGCAAGCCUUGGGCGGCCACAUGCGGCGGCACAGGCCGCCGGCGCCUAUCAACACCGCCGCCGCAAAAGCCUCUGUGAGUAAUAGCAACGAGGAGGAGGCGACGGAGUCAUCAUAUGGCGAGGGAGAAAAUCCCAGAGGUGCACUUUACUCUCUUGAUCUUAAUUUACCGGCCCCACAAGAGGAAGAAGAAGGUUGCAACAAGUUUGAAUUCUCAGGCAAGCAACAGCAAAGUCUUGUCUUCUCCGUCCCAGCUUUGGUGGACUGUCAUUACUGAACAGCGUUCCGUUCGUUGAAUUGAAGAUCAUGGAUCAACAAAUACAAAUUAAUAAUAUGAAUAUUGUAUUAUGAUUUGUUAUACAACUUAAACAGUAAUUGUUAGAUUUAUUUUUAUUUUUAUUAUCAUCCCGUCAAUAUAUUGUUGCUGUUCAUCAUGUAUUUUAUUAAUAUUGGGAAUCAUUAAUUGUUAAUAUUCUUUGGAGUUGAUCUAUC